UAGGGGCUUCGUGGGUCAGCGGACCCUCAGACCAUUAGAGAGAGGGGUCGUGCUUCUUGGGAUCUGGUCUGUGUGUGUGUGUGUGAGGGUAGUCCUUGUUAUUGUAUUGGUGUGGAGCAGGGGGGUGGUCUUAGCAGGACCUCAUGCUGAUGGGACCAGUCCCUGUCUUUUAAAGAGGGACGACAAAUAGUCGACAGAUUUGCUUUAGUGCGAGAGACUGAGGGCCUAUUGUCUCACGUGUGUCCUCCUUAUGGGACACAUGUCCUGUCAUGAAUUAUAACUACUCUUAUACAGUACACCCAGUAGCAGUGGUUCCUGACCUGCACAUAGUUUGGUUUAUUUUGCCAAACCUUUUCUAAUCCUUUUUUCUUGUGAAUUAUUGGAUCAUUUUAGCUCUUGGAGCCUUUCGUUAAAACAAUGAAAACAAAAGCCACUCUUUGGUUUGCACAUGUACGGGUGGAGACGGGGGAAUUAGUAGUAGAUAGGGCUGGGUAUCACAGCAUCAUUAACUAUUUUCUGCUGUCUUUUAAUUUAGGCAAAGUUGUUGCUCGGCUUUCUGUGUUAUAUAGUAUUUAUCUUCAGUGAAGUUGGGGAGCUUACAAGGGGCGUAUUAAAAAAGAAGAACGGUAACAGUCAAAGCAGCAGAGACCAAGACAUCCUCCCUUUAACUCCCUCAGCACUCAAAAAAAAAAAACAGACAAAAAAAACAUCAAACAUGCUCCUACAAUGAUCACAAUGCAACUCAAAACAUCUUUAAUUAGAACCAGUUAAAAAGUGUCUUUUGAAUCGAUCUGUGAAGAGUAAACUUUGGUGUGUUUUGUUAAAUCAAAAAGGUGAAUUUGUAGGAAAAAUGUUUGUUUUCCCAAAAGUAAAGGAUUGAAAACAUGUAUCAUUUUGGUGUGUCCAUUUAUCAUCAGUGAGGUUUUUUUUUUUUUUGGCACCAGUAUCGAAAAAUGUGAAACAAAACCAGCCCUACAAGUAGACAUGGUUUUGUUUUAAAGGAUCACAAACCCCAAAAAGUUGGAAACCGCUGUCAUAGAGUACAGCUCAUCUGUGCGCAUUUUCUCUGAUAGUCAUGUACGUCUCGAAUCUGGUGAAAAAUUGCACCGUUCUGGCUAAUUCUCCCACUUCAGACAGCUUUGUGCGCUCAUUUUGUCCAGCCUUUCUCUGAUCUGGGACACAAUGAGCAGUGCAGUGUCUCACAGUGGACGAGGUGGCUUUUGUUUGAGCUGGCUCCCGGCCUAUUGAUCAGCCGUAACACACACACACACACACACACACACACACACACACACACACACACACACACACAGAUACACAUACUCACACACUCACCCUCUUCCUUGGAAAGUGUGUGUACGCGUGUGAUCUCUGGAGCUGUGCGCUACAACAGCAGCAGUUCAGCUGCCUGCUGAGCGUGCAGCAGACACACACACACAAAAGGUGUCGCCCGCCCUCUAAGCGUUGCAAGCCAAGCUAAAAGUUUGAUUUUGGGACGAGAAAAGGAGAGGAAGAACAAGAGGUAGAGAUAAAACAGGGGGAAAAGAUAAAAAAGAAGGGAAAGAAACUGAGGAAAGAGGACAGGAGGCACUUGAUGUGGAACUCCCAGCUCCUUGUAAUUUGCUGUGGGAGAGAGGGAGGAGGAGUCAGGGGGAGGGGAAUACCCAGCAGGGAGGGAGCAGGAGAGAGCAGAGGCCAUUCACUCUGACACACACACACGCGCACACACACACACACACACAGACACACAUGAACACUUUGAGGCACACACAUGCACACAGUUGAUGUGUUGCCACAGGAGCGAGGGAGGGAGAGGAGCGCUGAGAAAGAGAAGCAGCCGGAGGAGAUCCUCAGCAAACUGAAGUGGAGAGAAAGAGAAGCAGGAACACACCGGCCAGAGGAGCGUGUUUGUAUGUUUGUUUGUGUGUGUAUGUGUGUGUGUUCAGGGGAGGGAAAAACACAGCUUGACAGUGUAUGGUCCUGUUUGUGUUUUGGAGGAGCGGACUGCACGUCUGCUCCCAGGAGAAAGGAUCCACAAUGACUGAGAGAAUUUGGGAACUUUCAGGUUUCACUGGGAAUACUUUUUGGAAUACUCUGGAUAUGUGAGACGCUGGGGAACUCCUGUUUUCAUCCAGACCCGCGCUUUUAAAACUCACCCUCUAAUUUCUGUGAAAGGAGAAACCAAGCCACAAUGCCUACCGACGAUUAUAACUACCUGCCUGAUGCAUUGCCUCCUCUUCCUGAAGUCCCGGACUCCGGCUCUGUCCUGAGCUCCGUUGACAUCCCGGCCCGCUGCCUCCGCAACCCUGCCUUCCGCCACGCCUCCUCGCGCUACUGCUCCGCCCUCAGCAUGGACUCCUCUCCAGACAGCGCCGAAAGGCCGAUCAGCUACAGCUCCACCUCGUCGUCCGCCUCCUCCCGGGACAGUCACUGCUCACUGGGCAGCCGCUCCACCCUCGUCCCUGCCCCUCACUGUAACCCGGUGACCUCAGACCGGGACUCUGGGGCAAUUCGGUUGGAGCUGGUCCCGGCCCGGCAGCUGGGAUGUGGGGAGGAAGAGGACAGAAAUGAUAGAGGGAUGGACACAGGGAGGGGGCAAGGGAGACAGGGCAGUGAACAGACUCCAACAGAACAUUCAGAGCCUGAGCUGAGUCCAGAGGGAAGUGAGCGGACGGGUCAGGGACCCAGGACAUAUGUUGACCGAGUGGUGCAGGAGAUACUGGACACAGAGAGAACAUAUGUCCAAGACCUGCGAAGCAUUGUAGAGGACUACUUGGAGUGUAUCAGUAACCAGUCUCGACUGUCUCUGAGCUCCGAAGAUAAAGGUUCUCUCUUCGGCAACAUCCAGGACAUCUACCACUUCAACAGGGACCUUCUUCAUGAUCUUGAGAAGUGUAACGCAGACCCCGUGGCCAUUGCAGAGUGCUUCGUAUCCAAGAGUGAAGAAUUCCACAUUUAUACCCAGUACUGCACCAACUACCCACGGUCGGUGGCUGUGCUAACAGAGUGCAUGAGGAACAAGGCGUUGGCCAAGUUUUUCCGCGAGCGCCAGGAAUCUCUGAGACACUCCUUGCCCCUGGGCUCCUACCUGCUCAAGCCAGUGCAGAGGAUCCUCAAGUACCACCUACUACUGCAUGAGAUAGCCAACCACAUGGAGAAGGACACAGAGACCUUCGAGGUUGUGCAGGAAGCCAUAGACACCAUGCAGAGAGUGGCCUGGCACAUCAACGACAUGAAGAGGAAACAUGAGCACGCUGUUAGGUUGCAGGAAAUCCAGAGCCAGCUGACCAACUGGAAAGGCCCUGAUCUGAUUGGCUACGGAGAGUUGGUUCUUGAAGGAACGUUUCGUCUGCAGCGAGCCAAGAACGAGAGAACCCUGUUCCUGUUUGACAAGCUCCUGCUGAUUACCAAGAAACGAGAAGAAACCUACACGUACAAGGCUCACAUCCUGUGCUGUAACCUGAUGCUGGUGGAAGUUAUUCCUAAAGAGCCACUGAGUUUCAGUGUGUUUCACUACAAGAAUCCCAAACUGCAGCACACAGUCCAGGCCAAGUCACAGCAAGACAAGCGCAUGUGGAUCUUACACCUGAAGAGACUGAUACUUGAAAACCAUCCUGCCAAAAUCCCCGCCAAGGCCAAGCAAGCCAUUUUGGAAAUGGAUGCAAUGCAUCAUCCUGGGUUUCAUUACCGCCCUGAUGGUGACAAGAAGGAUUCCCCUCAAACCAAGGAAGGCCCAACUCCUCGAAGAGGACGCAGGAAAGAACCUCUUUCCAAGUUACUGAAGAACGCCAAGCAGAAUGCAGCAAACACAGACGGCGAAAAGCGAACAAGUCUGGGUGCCACGCUGCUCUCUCCGGUGUCCCAGCUGGCUCUGGGCACAAUCGGUCGGAGCCGCAGCCUCAUCAACCAAUCGCAAGAAUCCCUGGACCCCGGCGAUCACUUUGACCACAGUGACAGAGAGGAAGGAGAGGAGCCACAUCAGCAGGACGCUGACGAUGAGGAUGACAGCGGUCUGGGAGGUGGAAAGAGGCUGCGAGUCCCUGGUAAAAGCAGUAGGAAGAGGCUGAACCCUCAGGCAUCUGUUGAUAGUAUAGAACAGUGGAAAACCUUCAACAUGAGCCCUUCAGACCUUCAGAGAGCGAGAGAAUCCCUGGUGAGGGAAGGUAGUCACCACCCACCACUCCUCAGGACACCUAAUGUGACAGAGGAACCUCCAGACUCUCCUAUUCCCUCUGUAAUAGUCACAGAAAGUGACCAUUCAGUGAGGAACAUCUGGGCAGACCAUCGGGCUCGUAGGGCCAUGUUCCCCACCCGCCAGAGAACCAUGCAGCCCGACGAUGAGGAUGAGGACAUCUACCAGAUGUUUGUUCCCACAGAGCCCGGUGGACCAGAGCCAGAGGUGCCCUCGGAGAGGUCAGAAGCCACGUCCUCGCCCAGGACAGCUCGUCCCUGCAGCUGGCACGUUGAACAGGUGCCCGCAGUGCAAAUUGACCCCCCACCAGAUGGGAGCAGAGUCCUGCGGAGGGCGAGCAGUGCAGGGGAGAAGGUUACAGAGGCUCUCCAGAGCCCUGACGACGACCAGGCCGGUCACAGCAACCUGGGGGUGAUCCACACUGAAUCAUCCAGCAAUGACAUAUCGGGCUCAUCCUCAGCCGAGCAGCUGACGAUAGACGAUAUUGAAAAUGUAUAUGACAACAUCAGCUAUGAGGACCUAAAGAGCAUGGGCCUCAUCAGGAGAGACCUGGAGGAAAGCCAGUCACGGAAAGAGACAUCCACUGAUGCAAAGGGUUCCCAGGGCAAGGCAGCAAGGGUACUAAAUGAGGUGUCAAGGGUCACAGAGCCUAUGAUCGAACCAGACAGUUCCUCUGAGAGCAACCGGUCCUCCACACAAGAGGGGAGGCAGUUUGGGACAUGUGAGCUCAAAAUAGUGGAGGAGAACAUCUACGACACCAUCUGUUUCAGGGAACCACCAUCAACUGAGCUUAAAGGAAUGAAUGACGGCAAUAAACUCAAACAAGAGAGGGGCAGUCUGCUGGCCUCUGAACAGGACCUGACUGGAAGUCUUGGAGGGUUUGUAUCUGAGGAGAGCCUCCACUUUGGAGAUGAUGAAGGACCUGGCACCUCCCAUCCCGUUCCAUGUUCCUCUGAGCCAGAUUAUUCCUCGUCAUCAGCUUCCGAGACGUUCUCCCAGCGCUCACAGAAAGGGGACAAGAUGUCCGAGCAGGUCGACGAGAUCUGGAACGACUUAGAAAACUACAUCAAAAACAAUGAAAAGAAAGCUGAUCGACUUCCUGCUGCCUUCCCUGUUAGUGCCAGUGAGUCGCCUAAUAAGUCCUCGGCAGUCAGAAACAGCCCUAAAAAGAGCCCCUCUGUAACUAGUCCCCAAGCGGCCAGCCCUCCAACUAAGAGUCCCCCAGCACAUCAGCCUAAACCCCCACCCAUCACAUCCACACCAUCAUUCACCAUUCCAGUCAUCAACCUCCCUGAUCUUCAAAGUGAAAGCACCACUGAAGAAGAUCCCCACAGCCCUGCUCCCACUUCACACCCCAUUCCCGCGACCCCAGAGCCCCAACCAGGUACAGUGAAAAGCAUCCGUAACAGACUGGCUCGCCUCAGCAGCGGCAGCUUCCGCCUAGAGGACGAUGACCUGGUGGAACUUCCUCAACGAAACACCCCUCAGAAAGAUAUUCCCCUCAAAGACCUUCAUAGUUUGUUUCCAGGGGAGCUGGCAGGUCUGGACUCCCCCCUGGCCGCCUCCUCUCUCCUGCUCGGUGAGUCUGUGGACUUCCCCCUGGAACUGAUGGACAAAACAAAGAGCAGGGUGUUCCUGAUGGCACGGCAGUACAGCCAGAAGAUCAAGAAAGCCAACCAGCUGCUGCGCAUGAGGAGCAUGGACCCCGGAGACUCUUGUAGUCGGGCCAGAGCGGAUAGGAAACAGAAAGACCUAGCAGCCAUCUUAGAGGAGAAGAAACAAGGGGGCGCAGCCAUAGGUGCAAGAAUAGCAGAGUACUCGCAGCUCUAUGACCAGGUAAUGUUUAAGGAUCCUCCUGCUGGUCAGACCUCCGCUACCCCACACUACUCCCAUCAUCCAGGGCUGCCGUCCUCCCCGUCCAUGCCUGAGACCUCCCUGGAGGAGGACUGGCUCCACUGCACGUACAGCAACGGAGAGCUGGCCAGCUUUGUCUCCUCAGCCAGCGAGGUGGGGGACGCUCGAGCGUCUUCCACCCCACAGCGCAGACUAACCUCUGCCUGCUCCAUCCCUUCCCUCAAGACUUUUCCUUCCUCUCCAACCACCCCACCUUCCCAGAGGUGGAGUUCGUGCAUGUCGUCGCCAAACGAGAAAGAGGAGCACGUGUACAGUUCCAUUAAGAGACAUCCGUCCUUUAACGCACCGUCUUUGCCCUCCACGAAGUCUUCCCCAUCCGAUCACUGUCAGCCGGUCAGCUCUGUGGGAAGCCAGCAGGAGGAGAAGAACAACCAGUCUGGACUCAAAUGUAACAGACCCACUGUGGAUCGAUCUACAGAUAGACUCCAUGGCCCUAGUCUGGGCCGGGUUGGCCGGCAGAGUAGCCUCCCAGAGCGGUCUACCCAGGGACAGUCAGACCUCACCUUACACGACGGUCAGCAGGUGGUGGUCUUGAAUCGGGCAUCUGCACUGAGCAUACUCACCGCCACUCAGAACUACCUGGCCAACUUCAAGGACAAUGGGGAAGAUGACGAUGACUAUGUCGAGAUCCGCUCAGAGGACGAGAGCGAGCAGGAGUCCGACAGAUUGGCGCAGAGAAAUGGCAGCUCAGCGGUUUUCUCCAAUCAGAACCGGGGUCUUGUCCAGUCCCAGAGUCUGCCGUGCAGCCCGGUGCACUCCUGCGACUCGCUGAGGUCUCUGGACCGUGAGAAUUUGGAAAAAUACCUGUGGAGUGAGCCGCAGCAGAGCCACCCCAACAUCGUCCAGUCUCUGAGGGAGAAGUUUCAGUGUCUGAGCUCCAGCAGCUUUGCCUGAAUCUACACGACAACUAAAAGCCAAAUAUAUACAUUAACAUACAGCAUAUAGAAAAAAAAAAGGGGCACUGCAGCUUUGCAUUGAAUGCCCUACAUAAUACAACAUCAUAGUCCACAAACAAAUACAAAUAUUACACAUUAUUAAACAUAACACACAUCUCAACAUAGAUCAGAAGCAAUUUCUUUGAUUUCAUCCAUAUUUGUAACAAGUUCUGUGAAUACCUUUACUUUCUGUUACAUGGCUUCAAAGUAAAACACAUGAUAGGUUACUAUUAAUGGUCAAAAUGCCACAUCAAUGCGUGCAUGUGAGCUGCCUUAGCACUUCCAGGUUCAAACAGUCCUCUCAUGUAUGUUUCAAAGAGUAGUGAUCUGGUGGGGGAAAGUCAACAAGUAGUGGUCAAAGCAAAAAAAAAAGUUAUCAGGUGUUUGUAAAGGCAUUCAGUAUGACUGAAUGGGUUUUAAUAUACAAAGGAAUUCAAACUCUUUUAGCCUUGUAGAGAUGGGCGGAGGACUUGUGCCAAUAAACUGUUGUACAGAUGCAGUAGUUCAGGAUAUCUGUUUGAGUCUUUUCUGUGCCCAACAUCUCAAACCGAAGUACAAGCAUCAAAACUUUAGAUGACCUUUGGUGGAUGUUAACUCUCUGUGUCAGGAAUACCUCGUGAAUCGUGAGGUCUUUUAAUUUACUCUUAAGGUUAUUUUAACUGCGUUUUCAACACUAGUUAAACCUGUAUAGGAGAAGUGAACCACAGUGGUGGCUAGUGUUUUUAAUUGUGCUUACACUAUCAAACAGUUCUGAACAAGCAGCUUUACAAAUGUGCAGUUCAAACUUGCAGUCGUCACAUUUACUACUCAGGCUAGUUUGUCACUUUUAACAGCUUUUUUAGCAAUAACUGUAACAAAAAGGAUGCAGCUGUAAAGAGAACAUGUUGGCUAUUACAAGAUCCAAUAGGUUAAGUAUAACUAGACUUAGACCAAUAAGUCUAUUUGAACUUAUUCCAUUUCACUCUACCUACCACCUUUGUCAUGAAUAGGGUAUUGUGCUUUAAAAUCAAGAGAAGAUGCUGAUAUUUUAGAGAAUCUAUAAGAAACAGUAGGACUUCAUAUUUAUUUUGAAUCUGUGAGCAAAUCAGAGAUGUUUUUACGUUUAAUCGAUGGAGUGAAAUGUGCAUCUCAACAAGUGGAUGAUGUUUUUUUUUGUUGUUUUUUUUAAAUCAUACUAAGUUUAACCUUUAUUUUCAAGAGGGACCAUAAAGAAGAGAAUUAAGGGGAGUUAGUUAAAAAACUACAGUACUGUAUUUGGUGUAUUUUUUUUUUUUCAUUCAAAUUGAUAGUCGACUGUUUGUUUACUUUGUUUACGUUAUGGGACACUCCCAACUGUCACACUACUGAUUUUACAUCCACUCUCACAGAAAGAAAGUCUCAGCAAGAGAGUUGUCAGUCACUUCAAUAAGGUUCAUACAACAAGAUUGUUUUCUCUCACCUUGAAGCACAUCCAGUCUUUACCACACACUUGUUGAAAUGGCUUAAUUUCUUUAAAAAAAAAAUUCACCAAAUCUGUCCUAUUUAUUUGAAAGCAUCCCUAUGUUAUUGCCCGUUAUUGCCCAUUAUCACUGUUACUUCAAACCACAGACAGGUUGUAAAUGAAAGUAAAAUAUAUUUAUUAAAAGAUGGUUUUAUUCUCAUUUAAGAGCACUCACAAAAUUUGAAUCGGAUACUGUGAAUAUUUUCAGGAAUGGCAUUUCAUUUUCUAUCACGCACUGCUUAAUUACGUUAAGUUCCAAAAUCACUAAAACACGUGAAAAGUUGAAAAGCACAAUAUCAAGGCCUACUGUUCAUAUCAGGAAAUGUGCAUCAAACACAAGUUAGGAAUAUGAAGUAUGUUUUUUUUUUUUUUUGUGGUGUUCUUUUUUGUUUGUUUCGUUUUUGUAUAUUUUUAUCCUCUGUUUCACUGGUGGGGAUCAUUAGUCUUCAUUGACUCUUUUUUGCACUUUUCUGUCUUUUUUACGUUUUAUUUGUAAACACUUUGUAAAGAUGUACAUUUUAGGAAAGUUAUUCUUGUAUGCCAUAGGUAUGCUUUAUAAUGCUUUAAUGUUUAAGUUAAAUGUACUGUAUUUUUUUAACUGCCUAGUUGUCAUUGCUCAACAAAACAAUGUAUUGGAGGAAAUAAAUUCAGAUUAAACUCA